AUGAAAUUCAGAUUUAAAGAUAGGGAGAGCCAGAGGAAGAGAAGUUUGACACAACGCACCAGUGUGUCACUGCCCAAGGAUCUGUAUCUGGUGAUUAUAGCAAUGACUUCAGAUCGGAAAGUUCACACUUUCGACGAGGUCGCAAAGCACAACCAGACCAAGGAUUGUUGGCUUAUCAUUUCAGGGAAGGUUUAUGAUGUCACCCCUUUCAUGGAGGAUCAUCCCGGAGGUGACGAGGUUUUGUUGUCUGCCACAGGGAAAGAUGCAACCAAUGAUUUUGAAGACGUGGGACACAGUGAUUCUGCAAGAGAUAUGAUGGAAAAAUAUUACAUUGGUGAGAUUGAUGCAUCAACUGUUCCCCUAAAGCGGACCUACGUUCCACCACAGCAAGCUCAAUACAAUCCUGAUAAGUCUUCAGAAUUUGUGAUCAAGAUCUUGCAAUUCCUGGUCCCUCUCCUGAUAUUGGGCUUGGCCUUUGUUGUCCGGCACUACACCAAGAAAGAGUAA